AUGGCGGCCCCCAGCACCGUCGUGCCCGUCAUGGCGAGUAAGACCAAGACCAAGAAAAAGCACUUCGUGGCGCAGAAAGUGAAGUUGUUCCGGGCGAGCGACCCGCUGCUCAGCGUCCUCAUGUGGGGGGUCAACCACUCGAUCAAUGAACUGAGCCAUGUUCAAAUCCCUGUUAUGUUGAUGCCAGAUGAUUUCAAAGCAUACUCAAAGAUAAAGGUGGACAAUCACCUUUUCAACAAAGAAAACAUGCCAAGUCAUUUCAAAUUUAAGGAAUAUUGUCCAAUGGUUUUCCGUAAUCUAAGAGAGAGGUUUGGAAUUGAUGAUCAAGACUUUCAGAAUUCCUUGACAAGAAGUGCACCACUUGCCAAUGAUUCCCAAGCGCGCAGUGGUGCCCGCUUUCACACAUCCUAUGACAAAAGAUAUAUCAUCAAAACUAUAACAAGUGAAGAUGUAGCAGAAAUGCACAACAUCCUGAAGAAAUACCAUCAGUUUAUUGUGGAGUGUCACGGGAAUACCCUUCUCCCCCAGUUUUUGGGCAUGUACCGGCUUACUGUGGAUGGAGUCGAAGUAUAUAUGGUUGUGACGAGAAACGUGUUCAGCCACCGUUUAUCUGUUUAUAGAAAAUAUGAUUUAAAGGGUUCUACUGUGGCUCGAGAAGCCAGUGACAAAGAAAAGGCCAAAGAGCUGCCGACGUUCAAAGACAACGAUUUUAUUAACGACGGCCAAAAGAUUCAUAUUGAUGAGAACAACAAAAAGAUGUUCCUUGAAAAACUCAAAAAGGAUGUUGAGUUUCUUGCUCAGCUAAAACUCAUGGACUACAGCUUGCUGGUUGGCAUUCAUGACGUUGAAAGAGCUGAACAGGAAGAGGUAGAGUGUGAGGAGAAUGAUGGAGAAGAUGAAGGCGAGAGCGAUGGCACCCACCCCAUUGGAACCCCUCCAGACAGCCCRGGAAACACACUCAACAGCUCGCAGCCUUUGGCUCCAGGGGAAUUUGAUCCAGCUAUUGAUGUUUAUGGAAUAAAAUCCCAUGAAAAUGCACCUCGGAAGGAAAUCUACUUUAUGGCCAUUAUUGACAUUCUUACUCAUUAUGACGCAAAAAAGAAAGCUGCCCACGCUGCAAAAACGGUUAAGCACGGGGCCGGAGCAGAGAUCUCCACGGUUAAUCCCGAACAGUAUUCAAAGCGCUUCUUGGACUUUAUUGCCAACAUCUUGACGUAACCCAUCGUGUUACACGGGACAGACACAAGACCUGGGGACAGCAGCAGUGGCUACAAGUGUAGGGAAAAACGGAACUCAGAGAAGUGCUCAUCUUGCAGAAAGCAACCCCUUGUUUACAUCUGCUGGCAAAGGUGCCCGACGUGGGGUGGAAUACGCGCUUUAACAGCUGCCUGAUAUUCCCAGCAUAGUUCUAGCUAUUUCUGACUCUUUUGUGUGUGCAAAAAAAGUUAAAUUAAAUAGAUCAGCUUCCUCAGAGUGCACUGUGACAGGAAUGCUCUGAUGCUACUGGCCGAGACGGAAUAAAUGAGCAGAGAGCCGAGGGGUGGGGGUGGGCAAAGGCAAAUGCAUGUGCGACCUACGAUACGGGCAUCAAACUGUAAACUGUGGAUCAGUUUAUUUUUGAACUAAAAGAUACGUGACAGUAUUCGUGAUGAUAAUGAUAAUAAUAAAACCCUUCCCGCGAGUGUUACACUUCCCACUUGCACACUGGCACUCCUCACAGCGCCUGCAACAGGAGGCCUCAGCGCCGGCGGGUUUUCCCGUUCGCUUCCUAGCAGUUGGGUUUCUUCCCCUUUUUUUCUCGCUCCCAUUUUUUCUUCUCUUUUUCAGCACCAGGAAGUUGAGACUCUCAGGCACCUGAGAGCUGACGUCUCUUUCCUUGCAAAGAGCUCACCUGUAUUUCAUGCUGCGUGUACAUUUUUUGCUACGGUGAAGUUACGUUAAGGGAAACCCUUGCUUGUUUCACUUUGUUACCUGAACUUUGCAUUUGUUUUAUAUUCUUGCAGUAUAGGAACUAAUAAUGUUACAAGUGGGAAAAAGAAAAAGCUUGUUUGAAGAAGCACGUAGUUGGGGCAAUAGCAGCUUCAUCUUUCGCUCCCGAAAGGUGAGCACACGGAUAGAAAUUCCAUUUCUCCUGUAGUUCAAUGGCAAUUUGAAGUUUCAAUGCUUGUGUUGUACUGUUUAAGCAAUGGUAUUUUGUUACGGAUUAUCCCUUUAAAAGUUAACUCUGACUUUUACUGUUUACAUUACUAGGAAAGCAGGGAUACUUCUGAAUUUCAGAGCCGUGUACAAUAUAUGCUCGUUGCGUUUACAUGUAAAGUUAUUUUGCAGAACAAAUGAAGUAACGUUCGUGCCCUUCCACGAUGCGGCGUGCAGCAGUGUACCCAAGCGAAUGUCUCACUCACCUCCAUGCCAGAAGCUUUUACAAUAAAAUGAUGAAAGGCCCUUUCCRAGGGGUUCUUCCCAAGGUCGUCUCUUAUCAUCAAUAUGAGCUGUCCUCUCGCUUGCUCGCGUUUGAUUGUACAGUGCAUUGCCUAAAACUCUGCUGAUCCUGUUUAACUUGCUAGAAACUUCUAAACGACGCCGUAUUUCCGCUCUUCCGCUCCCCCAACAACCUCAUGCUUGGAAAAAAAAAAAAAAAAAGACCAAUUUACAAUUUACAUAUGCUCAAAGUUUAUCUACUUCUACACUGUGCUGAAGCCGUGCCUUUCUACAGCGUCCUCAUGGAAAGCAGCGGGCUCUCGUGGGCCCUGUUGCGCCGCAUCCCUCGCGCCGCCCGCUCCUCUUGUCCCCUUCCCUGCCCUCCCUGCAGGGUCGUCUGGUCGUUCCGUUCUCGUUGCGUCCGACCCGGACCGCGUGUGGGCCCCUCGGCGCCCUGUGUGUCUGAAGCAGCGGGGACCGGGGCCUGGCCGUUCCUGCCCUCCGCCCAUAGGCCCCAGCUGCCGACGUUUUCACCCAGGUUUGGCUUUCUGAAGGGCGAAGAAGCUGCCGUUCCGCAGGCACGAGGCCACGGCGAGACCCUGCAGUAACGGGAGGGUGGGUUAGUACCUAACCGUGGCCGACCCCUGUGCAUUCCGAGGCAAUUUUAGAAAUGCUCCAGCCAAGCGUUCAGCUUUCCUUCUGUCUGUGUAACAGUUUCUGUCACUCAUUAUUGUCGAUAAACUGUUUAUUUGGACAGGGCAAGGAGGACUCAUUAUUGUAUGUCUUAGUGCUUAGGUUACACUCCAAACAUGAGCAAGGCUUUAUAAAAUAAAGCACUUUGAUGACUCACUAGGUAAAUCCUUUGUUCCUGUGUUUCGACUAUGUUUUUGAUCACUUACAGAUGAGUUUUGGAUGCUCCAAUGAACCUGCAACCUGCAUCUCAAAGGAAAAAACAAAAGGAAAGAAAGAAGAAGCUUAGAAUUUUUCAUUAGAUUUUAUCCUGCUUCUUCGAUGGUUAUUUUAAGUGGCUUAAACCACUUUGCCUUUAAUUUUGUGCAUAAACUGUGCUCCAAGCACAGAUACAGAGAACUGGAAUUGGCAGUUUGAUGGACUGAAUGUUACUGCAAAAAAAGGAAGAUCCUCCACAACAGUUAAUUUAGAGAACGAUUGGCAGAAGUUUGGCGGAGUGCGAAGACCUUAGGCCAAAGCAGCUAUUAUAAAACCAUUCAGGGAUAAGUCAGAGAGGUUUUCUGCUCUGGAACUGCAGGCCUUGCGCUUUGACGCAAUGCUGCUUGUGCUGCACAGCCCRGGCGCGUGGCACAGAAGUGGCCUUUUCCCUUCCUUCUAC